ACACCUCUAGUCUGGUGCUAAAAAGCGUUGUAAAGUAGGCUUUAUAUACAACACAACCAUAUAAUACAGUGCACAUAUGUGCAUGUUCACAGGUCCGUUAAAUGUCUGCACUGACAUACGCGGCACUGUAGAAAAACACGAAUCCAAAAUAUGGCAAGUUCGUCAAGACACGAAACAAACAAAGUUUGUUGUUAUUCACAUCCAGAUGCACCACUUAUUGAAGAUUAUCGAGCAGGGGAUCAAAUUUGUUCAGAAUGUGGAUUAGUUGUUGGAGACAGAGUAAUAGAUGUUGGUUCAGAGUGGAGAACAUUUAGUAAUGAAAAAGCAGGCGUUGAUCCAUCUCGUGUUGGUGGUCCAGAAAAUCCACUUCUUAAUGGUUCAGAUUUAUCCACCAUGAUUGGUCCAGGUACAGGUGCAGCUUCAUUUGAUGCUUUUGGUGCUUCAAAAUACCAAAACAGACGCACAAUGAGCAGCUCUGAUAGAGCACUGAUCAAUGCUUUCCGUGAAAUUAAUGGAAUGGCUGAUCGUAUUAAUUUGCCUAAAACUAUUGUUGACAGAGCCAAUAAUUUAUUUAAACAAGUGCAUGAUGGUAAAAAUUUGAAAGGUCGUGCUAAUGAUGCAAUUGCUUCAGCUUGUUUAUAUAUUGCCUGUAGGCAAGAAGGUGUACCACGUACUUUCAAAGAAAUCUGUGCAGUCAGUAAAAUCAGUAAAAAAGAAAUUGGAAGAUGUUUCAAAUUGAUACUAAAAGCUCUUGAAACUAGUGUGGACCUCAUUACUACAGGAGACUUUAUGUCAAGGUUUUGCUCUAAUCUUGGUCUUCCAAACAUGGUACAACGAGCUGCUACACAUAUUGCAAGAAAAGCAGUGGAAAUUGAUAUUGUACCUGGAAGAUCACCUAUUUCUGUAGCAGCUGCUGCAAUAUACAUGGCAUCACAGGCUUCAGAAGACAAAAGAUCUCAGAAAGAAAUUGGUGAUAUUGCUGGUGUAGCAGAUGUUACAAUUAGGCAAUCUUAUAAAUUAAUGUAUCCUCAUGCAGGAAAAUUGUUUCCAGGAGAUUUCAGAUUUGCAACACCUAUUGAUCAAUUGCCACAAAUGUAAAAUUAACACAAGGCCUUAUAUUCUAAUGUAUAUUUUAUCACGUUGAAGCAAUAGUUAUAUGUUAUACAGUAAUCAUCUAUAAAUAAUCCAACCUUUCUCUGCAGUAUACAUUCCUAAAUGAUCUAUGAAACAUUGGUAUUAUCUAAUUUAUUACAUGUUAAGUAUAUAUAUUUUUUUUUUAUUUUUUUGCUGUACUUUGUUCCUAUGAUAUUGGUAUUUGCAAGAGUAAUAGCUUGAUAAUUUAUCUGGUGUGGAUAAUUAUUAAUGACCAUGAUAAAGUUCACUUCUACGAAUAUUUUAUGAAAUACAUUAUUAUUGAAAGAAAAAACAAUGGAUUAAAUGAGGAGGCAUUAUGCAUUAUAUUAGAGUAUUUCAAAUGCAAAGUUAAAGAAUUUGUACUACAAUUUUCGUAUUCUGAUGAGGAAAAUGUUAACUGUAUAUUAUAUACUACUGUUAUCAGUCUAAUGUGCAAAAAUUUAUAACAUCCUGUAGCACAAUACUUCACUUUGUAUUUGAUUUUAAGACAAAUGUUAGAGAUAAAGUGUAAAAUAAAACACAAUGGGCCUUAAUUCGAAAGUACCACAUGAUACAAUUAUGCAAUAAAUGUUGUGAUAUUUUUACUUAAUCAAAAGAUAUAUUUUCAAUUAUAAAUUAUGAAUCAAAUUUUUAAAAAGAAAUGUGUUUUAUUUUUCAUUUGGAAUUUACAUGAAUACAUGAAUUUUCAAACUGAAAUAAGAAGAAACGAAUAUUUAUGUUGUUUUAUAACCUUUCAAUUUAUUUACAUACACAAAUUUUAAAAAAAAUUUAAUUUAGUACAAAAGUACCUAUAAAUUACCUUUAUUGUAAUCAUUUAAAAAAUUCUAUAAAAAUCUUGUAUAAAAUUACAAGUUUACAUUACAUCACUGAAUGAAAUAAAUUGUUACAAUAAUUUAAAUAAAUUACGUAUUUACUUAUUAAUCCCUUUGUAAUCUACUAUUGUAGAACCUAAUUCAAAAACAUGUGUAUUUGUCAUCUGUCACAUUGACUAAUGUCACUGUAUAGUUCAGUACGUGAAUCAACAAUAUAAAGCAAAAAGUUUUGUAACGUAAAUAAUCACUUAGUAUAUACAUUGUAAUUCUUUAGUUACUUUUUUUAAUGUGUACCUUUGAAACACUUCAAAUUUUCGAUUGAAACCGUAAAUAACGAAAUAUAACCUGCUAGUAAAUGUUU